AUGGAGGCGCUGUUUGGCAGCCUGCCCGAGAUGUUGGACUUCCAGAGAGUUUUCCUCCAGACGCUGGAGGAGAGAAUCGCUUCCUGUCCGAACUUCAGCCACCUGGAAACACCUGGACAGUUCAAGAAACUCCUCUUCUCGUUGGGAGGAUCUUUCCUUUACUACGCCGACCACUUCAAGCACUACAGCGGCUUCUGUGCAAACCACAUCAAGGUCCAGAAGGUCCUGGAGAGAGCAAAGACAGACGCAGCCUUCAAGCACUUCCUGGAGGCGAGGAAUCCGACCAAUCAGCACUCAUCCUCUCUGGAGUCGUACUUGAUCAAACCUGUUCAGAGAGUCCUGAAGUAUCCACUGCUGCUCAGAGAGCUGGUGUCCCUGACCGACCCCGAGAGCCCUGAACACACACACCUGACAG